AUGUUACUAGGAAUGGAGGAUUUGGGUUAUAAAAAUCAGCUGGAUAGGAUGGGACUCUUCACUGGAGAGCAGGAGUAUGAAGAAGAAGUUAUUGAGGAAACUGAAGAGACUGAAGAAGUAAUUGAGCCUGAGCCUGAGCCUGAGCCUGAACCAGAACCAGAACCACCAAAACCUGCACCUCCUCCUCGAGUUACUCCUUCUUCAAGAAUCCAAACGACUCAGAAUGCUAAAAGAAGUUGUAAGAUCUCAGCAUCACGCAAGCUCCAUCUCAAGAUUCUAAUGCUGGGCAAAGCCAAAGAAGACCUAGAACGAGAAAUAGCUGAACGAAAUAUAGAGAAGGAAAAAUUCCUUGCAGAGCGUGUACCUCCACUCAACUUCAGUGGCCUUUCACUUACUGACUUGCAAAAUUUGUGCAAAGAGCUUCACCAAAAAAUUGAGAUUGUUGAUGAAGAAAGGUAUGACUUUGAGUUUAAAGCUGGGAAGAACAACUAUGAGAUUCAUGAUCUUUCCUUGAAAAUUCUUGACCUGAGAGGGAAGUUUAAGCGACCCACUUUGCGUAGGGUCCGUGUUUCUGCUGAUGCUAUGUUGCGUGCCUUAUUGGGAUCUAAACAUAAAGUCUCUAUGGAUUUGAGAGCCAACUUGAAGUCAGUCAAAAAGGAUGAUACAGAAAAGGAGCGUAAUGUUGAGGUGAGUGACUGGCGUAAGAAUGUGGAAGCCAAGUCUGGCAUGGAGGGCAGAAAGAAGAUGUUUGAUGCUGCCACUACCCAGUGAAUAUUGCCAGGUAAUCCAGGUGGGCUAUUUCCACUGCUUUGAAAAUAGAGAGUGAAUAUGUUUGCUGAGCGCUUUCAACUCUGCAGUGUUUAGCAUGCCACAUUCUUGCAUUAUAAAAUAUUUUAAUAAAUUGUUUAAUGUUUACAAUUGUCUCCUGAAUUUUACAUCCAGCUAUUAGUUGUCUUGAACUUUUGGUAACUAAAAGCGCUGAAUUAUAAACUUCAAUAAGGUAUGUCAAAAAUAAUUUUCUGUCUUGUAUCCAAGAAUGCACAGUAAAAUAUUUACUCAUAAA